AUGAAUAACCUAUUAUGUUCCGCUCUGUUGAUUUCAGUUAUGCUUAUUCUUACAGACGCCGGUUGUUUAACGUAUCCUAAUAUAACAGACGCAAAUUUUGAUAAAGAUUGCAAUGGAAAUGUAGUCAUUACAUGUAAUGAAGGUUUCAAGAUGGUACAAGGGCUGGAAUGUGUUGAGGAAGAAUGGAGAUAUCAAAACCCAAUAUGUAAACGCACAGUGAUUAUUCCGGAUUGUAAAAAUGGUAGAAUAUUGACGGCAGAAAAUGGAACAUUAAAAUGUAACUGUCCACUAAACACAUUCGGUGACGAUUGCAAAUGUCGAUACAAGUAUUCAAAUGUAACAGAUUUGGAUCCCUUUGCCUACGAAGGAAUUUCAGUAUCUGAUUCAGCGGAAUGUGAUGAAAACUGUGCUAACGAUACCAGAUGUUCCGCUGCUACCAUAACUGGGGGCACGUGUCUUAGUAUUAUGCAUGUAGCCAGCCUUCUUUAUUUUGCAACCAAUGACAUUUAA